AUGACGGCCGCUGCCGCGCUCCUCGACGAGGCACGGCGAGAGCGGCAGCUGCACGGCAAAGCGCUGCCGCCGCGGUCAACACCAGCGCCCGCAAAGACGGUCUUUAAUGUCGGCCAGGCCCAGUACCAGCCUGCGCACCUCCACCGCGUCUCUGGCAGGCCGCGCCGCUGUCGUGCCGGGAGCGGGGCCCCCUGCUAUUCGACGCGGCGUCAGAAUGAGCUUCCGGCAUCAUCGGUGCCCGCGCCAGUCGCCGGGGCCUUCGAUCCCUCGCUCGCGAGCGCCAACAAGCGUGUGCUCUGGUCCCUCCCGCCCGGUGAGGCGGAUGCAGCGGAGCUCCUCCCUCUGCUCCUCGAGGGAUUGUGCGACCCGUCUGCAGACUGCCGCUUCCUCGCCGCCCAGGGCGCGGCGGAGCUCAUCGACGCUUCAGGGCCCACCGGCGGACUACUCCCAGCCACGGCGGACGUCAUCCCGCCAAUUCGCGCAGCGCUCGGCACCAUGGACCCGCCAGUCGUGUGCGCCGCGCUGCAGCUCCUCCGGCAGUUCCUGGGUUCGCACAAGCUUGCCGGCGCGGCUCUCCGGCCGCACUACCGCCAGCUGCUGCCGAGGCUCGCGCCGCUCGUGCUGCGCAGUCAGGAGCGCCAGCUUCGCGACGGGAGCCUCGACCGGUUGAGCGACCGCGAGAUGCACCCGGGCGAUUUGGUCGCCUCGACCCUUGCAGAAAUGGAGGCGAGGGGGGGAGCCGGCGCCGGGGCUGAGAUCAAGACGGUGGUUCCCAGCUGGCGGCCGGCGGAGGAGGAGCUCCACCGCGGGUUUGCCGCGCCGGAGUUUCGCAACGGCGACGUCGUCGUUGUCGCUCGAGGGCUCGUCUCACACGUCGGCCACCGAGGGACACAAGUCCUUGCGAAGGGCACCGCUUGCGGCACCACGACGCUGCACGGGCUACGGGGCAGCAGGCGCGUCCGCGGUGAGGAGGCAGGCGGCUCGCCAAUUUCAUCACGCAUCUCUUUUCUUCUCCGCUAUGGACCGCGAUCGUGCAAAAAGGAGUCGGCCCAACAUGACUCGUGGGCGGGGGGAACGGCGGGCAUGACAGGCACGCACGACGCGCGCGUGGAAGCAUGGGCCGAUCACGCUGCACGCGGCGCGCGCGACUACAUACGAUUCCGGGGCACCCUCUUCGCCGUCAUCCCGGCCUCGCAAAGGCAGCUUCCGGCGGCCCGACUGAACAAAGCGGCCACGUGGGUGGACGUGCUAGCGCCUAAGACAGAGCGACCCACCAUGGACACGGAGCAUGAGGAGGCCAUGAUGGCGGUGCUCCGCGAAGUCUACGGCGCGUGGCACGCCGGCGAGAGCACGCGGCGGCACCCCGUGAUGGGGCGAGCGUUCCGGCGGCACGCCGUGCGGACGUUGCGCGCCGACUCGGCCGACUCGAGUCUGGCAACCGCAAGUGCCAGUGUCGCCGUGGCAGACGGCGGCGACGGCGACACAAACGCGGCAGAGCCAGGCGAGAGGGAGAAGGCGGCUGUGCAGCGAUGCGUCAGCAACGCCUUCGACCGUCUCGACGAGGAGAAGCAGCGGUCCAUCGCCAUCGCCCGGCAGACGGCCGAGCUGCAGCAACUGGCGCAGCCAACGAGCAAGGCCGCUGCCGCCAGCUAUGCGCUCCUCGCCGAAGACAGCGACGUGACCCAGGAGCUCCUGCUGUUGAAGAAGUGGCGCGAGAACGCGCAAGAGCACCCGGAGUGCGAGCAGGAAAGCUCCUUCGAGCGGAGCGCCGGGGUCGUCGCAUUCAUGGCGGUGGACCUCGAGUUCAUGAUGCUCCCAGGCAACCGCCCCUCCUACUGCGACAUCCUGCAGGUCGCAUACCGGGGUGAGACGGGGACGCGCGUCCUGCUCCUCGACACGCACGUCAAUCGGCGAAUCCUGCGCGACUACUUCGUCAACCACGCGACGGCGGGCCAGAUACCGGGCCUCAAGUCGUAUCUUACGGACCCCAAGAUCGUCAAGUGCAUGCACUCGCACCGGAACGACACGCGAAUCCUACGGGAGUACGGGAUCCGACUUAAAUCGGUCCUCGACACUGCGCUCUGCGACGCGCUCUCGCGGGGCAAGGCGCUCCACCAGGGUCGGAACCUGGGCGAGGCCCUCAAGGACACCCUCAAGGUCGAGCUGCCUCACAAGGCCACUAUGCCACGGGAAGAGCGAGGCAUCUUCCGGAAGCGCCCGGCGGCGCCGCAAACCAUCGAGUACUGCGCGCACGACGUGCUGUAUAGUGUGGCGCUGGGCAGGGAACAACGCAGCCGGAUUCUGCAAGCUGCGGGCGGCUCCGACGCCUUGGACGUCGCCUACGCAGCCUCCGACCGGUGCAGCGGCACGUACGUGACCACAGUCAUGGGGGGGCACUUCCAAGUCGUCCUAGACGUCAAGGAGACCUGCGAACGAAUCCUGCAAAAGGGCACCGUGCUGUGCAGCUACUACCUGCCCGAUGAGAAGGGCCACUUCGACUACGCAGUGCGGCCGCCCGAGCCACCCGAGCUGUCGGCGGAGGAGGUCGCUAGGGCCACCCACCCCAUGCCCGAGGGAGCAGACGUGGACACAGAGGCGUACGAGCGGCGCAUCAAGCAGCUAAUGGAGACCUACACGGAGCGGAGGCGCUACGUGUUCCCCAAGGGGGACCGCAUCGGGAGCUGCCUGGCGGGCGUGUUCGAUGUGACCCUCCGCCCCGAAUUCGACCCAGAAAAGGGCGGGACGAAGGUCAUAGAGAACAAGCCCUACUUCAACCAGGGGCACGAGCAGAAGGAGGCCAUACUCGAGAUGCAGCGGACCUUCUUUGCGGUCGGAGCACUGACCAUGGCGGACCUGAAGAGCAACACCGCGUCGGCGGGCUCGGGCACGGAGAAGUGGGGCGAGACCUUUGGCUGCUUCGAGGACUGUGGUGGCUGCAUGUACGUGUCCUGCUGCCCGCUUUGCGCCCGCUGCACGAUCGGCGAGAUGAUCGGCCCAGACGUAACGGUCGGAAAGAAUAUGGAGCCAGCGAACGAGUUCGCCAACUGCCAGAGCUGCUGCUUCAAUUCGUGCACCUUCAGCCUCAUCGGGGCUUUGAUCGGGCUACUCCCCCCGCCAGAUAUCAACAUCAUGAAGGCCGCGGCGGUCAAGCUCAACAAGGACUCGGCAUCGCCCGGGCCGUGCUGCGAAUGCUGCCAGGUGUGGUGCCUCGGCUCCUGCACCACGUGCCUCAUGUACCGCGAGCUCAAGACGGCGAACAACAAAGCCAAAGGCGCGCCAGAGGCGACCGAGAUGGAGCGCUGA